AUGCUCAAAAGUGAUCACAAAGGUUUUUUGUCGUGUCUUUCUUUUGCUGCACAAAGUUACAUUUUGGGUUAUUCAUCCACACUGUUGCCGGAAGGAACUGGACGUGUACAAUCCUUCGGAAAGAAGGGAAAGAUUUAUUCGGGCAUUGGAAAUAGAAGACGAUCAAGGUCGGACGGCAAGACUUUGAAAAAACAACAAGAAGGGUCCAAUCUGGUUGAUCAACCUUCUUUUGAUUCUUUGGAAGAUGAUCUAUUUGAUCAGGUUCAACAAUUGGUUUUUGCUUCAGGAUCUAAUGAUAGACAUCAGUGUUUGAUUGAUAUCGAUGAGCUUUUGGAAGAGAAGAAAGAAUUUAAUGCGAAAAUGAAUUCAAGAGCGAAUGCUUCUGAAGUUUAUGAUUUAAAAGAGAAAUUAGGAGUUCAUUCCAAAAAAUCAUCAAGAGGUGAUGAUUUGAAUGGCAAUGAUGAUGAGGAUGAAGAUUCUGACAGCAACAGUUCGACAAGCACCGAAUCGCCCAACGAAGUUUUUAAUUUCAAUAAUUCAAGCACAUUGACAAGUUUAAUGCCCAUUCGUAUACCUUCACGUAUAGGAAAUAGACCUUUUCGAAUUAAGAAGAUUGCAUGUCUAGAAAGUGGAACGAUCAUACUCAAUGAGUUUGAUUCUAAAGUAUUUGUGAUCGGAGAGGUUGCUGAUGGAAUGGAUUACACAAAGGAUGUUACAGAGAUUUUUCUAAUGUAUUUGGACAAUUUCGGUUGUAAGAACAAGGUAGAAGAUGAACGUGUGGUGGAAAUAUUUACAGGAGCUGACUUUGCGUUCUUCAUCACUGAAACCUCAAACUCUCAAAAGCUUUUAUAUUCCUAUGGACAAAAUCGACAAUACCAACUCAGUCAUCCAAGAAUUUGUCAUUCAGAAUUGGAUGAAGCCCUUCGAGUUGACCCAAAGUAUUUCAACUAUGAAAAUCCGGCGAUGGUUAGUUGUGGAUCACAACAUGCAAUUCUCGUGACAGAUAUAGGCAAUGUUUACUUUUGUGGACGUUUACACCAAUUCCAAUCUACAACAUUUAUUAGUUGUAGAAUUUCAACUAUUACAACUGGGUGGAUGAGAGAUUUCUUGAAUUCUAAAAACAUUUACUUGGGUUCAGAUUACCAAAGCAUGGUUGCUAAAUUUGAAAAUUUAGGAAUGAACUCAAAUAGCUCUUCCACAAAAAACACUCCAGUUGUCAUUUCAAAGAAAAACAACUACAGAAUAUGGCAAAUCAUCAAAAGCAGAGAAAUUCAUACAAUUUUUAGAAAUUGGAUUUAUCGAUACUAUACAUUAUAUUUUCCAAAGAAAGAAGCCAAACCAAGAAAUGAAGAAGAUUCAGACUCAGAAUCUGAGUCUUUUGAGUCAACGACAGAACCUUCUGAAGUGACAAGUGAAAACACUCCAAAAUGUGACAAAUCCACUUCCACGACAAUAACCAUAGAUAAUUGUUGUAUCAGUGAAGCAAAUUCUCAGACAGAUCAACCUUUAGCGACACCUUUAGAAAUUAUGUCGCAAGUAGUCACGGAGUACUAUCAGAACCAACCCGAAUGUGAAAACAAUGUAACCGCGUUUGACAUUUUACAAUUGUUGAAUCAUGUAUUCAAAGUUGAUUAUCAUGAAAACGUCACAAGUAAUAGCUCUUCUCUAGAAACUAUUUUUGAACGAGAUUUCCAAUAUGAAAUAUUAACAGAAAUUAUUACAAAUUCACAAUUUUUGAAAAUCAUUCAAAAGCUCUUAACAGAUGAAAGUAUAUUUGAACGUGUCCUCGUUGAAAAGUUUGCAUCACUAUCUGCCAUCCAUUUUGCAAAUAUCAUUUACCAAAAGCGUAAUAACCUUGUGAUUUAUGAAAAUACGCACUGCUACACCCAAAAAGGUUUUCACUAUGCUAAAAAUUUAAUGAGCACUUUCUAUGAGUCCAUGAUAUUAACUAGUUGUGAUAGAUUAUAUCACUUUCCUGCUCGAGGAAUAUGCCCUCAAAUGCUGACAUGGAAUUUGUUGGAUCCUUUUGUUCAAAUUGGUCCAAAACAUGCCGAAACAUAUAGACAUCGAAAUGACUAUCGUGGGUCUUCUUUUGAACUGCGAGAAUGCUACACUCCUGAUCCUUCUCAGCAUGAUCCAUAUUUAAACGCUUUUGAUGACAACUUUUUGACCAUGUUUGGCAUGUAUUCUGACGUUUUCUAUGCAACAAGCUCAGAAUAUUUAUGGUAUGAACAGAAGGAACAAACAAAAGAUAUGAGAGAAGAUCAAUCAGUAAUAUCACAAUUGAAGGCCAUUCACAAUCCAUUACCUUAUGAUAUUGAAAUAGAAAUACAAAAGAAUAAUGAUGGUUGUAAUGACAUUUCAUUUUACUUUAAUACUCACAAGAUAAGGAAUAGAGGAAAUAUUGAAACCAUUCAACGUGUGUCGGAGGGAAUUGUGAUGACCACACUGGACAGGAACUUGUUUACUUUUGGUUCAAAUGCUUAUUCCGAAAUUGGCCAAGUUUCAGUGGUGACUAACUCUUCUCAUUUCAACCUUAAUGAACAAAUGACUGCACUAGAACCUAUGAAUGUAUUUUGUGAUCAAUAUGCCAUGGUGGUUGAAGGCAAGAGAGCCCUUCCACAUCAACUUGACCCAAAAUGGUUUGGAAAUAUUCCUCAAACAAUCCUUUUGAGAAAACUUCUCACACCCUUCCAAUAUGGAAGCGAAGAUGAGAGUAAGGUAUUUCCACACACGUUUUACUUCUCUGGAGAUAGCUCUGGAGCUCGCUCGAUCAACGACGACGAUGAUGAGAGAGGAAAUAAUGAUCAAGAAAACGAUGAUGUAGAGCUAAAAGACAAAACCAUGACCGAGUUGUUACACAAAGAAUCGGAAAAAAUUGUUGAGUUUUGUCACUUGUCACUUUUGAAAUAUCGAUAUAUGCCUUAUUUGCACAAAUUGAAAAUGCACAUUUCUUUUGGAUUGGACUUUUUCAUUGUUUAUUUCACAUUAGAUAAUGGAAACACAGCAAAACGCAUUAUGUCAAGCAAACUUUCUCAGCUUGUGAAUUCAGAGAAAUUAGCUGAUUGUAUCAUUCUCCUGGCUAACACAAACAAAUAA